UUAGUAUUCUAAACAAGUACUCAUGACAUUUCCAGAUAGGAAAGGAAGCAUCAUAGCAUGCUGUCCUAGUAAGUACGACUGCCUAUGUGUAACCACCAGAGCUGGCUCCCUGCCACAGGAAGUAUAGAUACUACACCUCCAGUGAAACCAAGGAGGCCACUCUCGAGCCCGUUUCCUUGAAGCCUCAGUAUAAUUUAGGAUAAAGAUUUUUUUACAUGGCUCGUAUCUGCAAAACAAGACAAAGUGCUGCAGUGUUGCCAAAAGAAGAGUAGAAAGUCAAGUAUUUAUAACUUUCUGAUUUCUAGGGACUCAUGAUUUGGGAGGAUCCUUUUAAAGAAAUGAAUCCUAAUUUCCUUCCCUAUGGGGCUAUUAAGUCAGAGUUUAUAGCAAGAAAUUUACAGAGAAAGAAUGUGGGAGACGAUUUACUGGUAGGACUCCUGGAGCAGCCACAGUAUAAAUAUUUACUACUAUUACCCUCUACUGUUGUGUGUGGUCUGUAGAAGUGUGUGUGUACCUAUAUAUACAGCACCAAAUGCGACGUUAACCUGAGUAUUCCUGUCUGGCACGUAGAGUGCCAUCCCUCACAGACCAGGGAUCCACGGUUACAGUGUUUUGUAUUGGUGUAUCUGAGAUGAGGAUCUGACCAACUGUGAUAAUGUUAUGAAAAUGAUUAGGACAACAGAAAGUAGAUGUUUCAAGGUGCAGCAUAUGAAUGGAAAGAUUCUGAGCCUUUUCUGUAUAUCUGUUUGCUAAAAUGAAUGUGCUGCCUCAAGCGAUCCUACAAAGUCCACUGGAGCAUCCCAGGUUCAUAGAGCAGACUGUUUGCCCCUCGUUAGACUUUGCCAGGAUUCAUUUGAUCAAAGACAAAUACGGCAUAGAUGAUUAUUUGGUGAAGAAUAUCAAAGGGUUGUCAAAACAAGAAGCUGCUGCUAACAGGAAUUCGUACAAGAAGAACAUCUGCAUAGACAUGCUGCGACAGGGUUAUCACGAGUCCUUCUCCGAGCUCUUCGCUCUGAUACAGAAGUGGAAUGCCUUGAGGGAGGCUGCAGGGCCUGGGUCAGCCAUAUGGCAGCAGAAGUCCCUGGAGGAGCAGCCUGAUAAGCUGGAUCAGCUUUACCACUUCCUGACCAGGGCUGAAGCAGCCCAGCGAGCAGGGCACUAUGAGGAGGUGUACGAUAACCAGCUUAACUUGGCCUACUGUUUCAAUGAUCCUGAGGACAAAUGGUUAAGUAAUUACUUCUAUGAGCAAUCCUUUAGCACUGCUCAAUUAAUAAAAAUUGAUGGUGGGAAAAGAGAGGCACAAGCAUAUGCAAAUAUGGGCCUCGUCAAUGAGGAACAAGGUCAUGUAAUGAAAGCUGCUGAGCAUUAUGAAGCAUUUUAUCAGCUAACGGAGGGUUCGACUUGGAAGGAUGAGACAGGCCAUACUUACAAUUCACUGGCGUGUGAGCAUCUCUGGAGAAUUUAUACAUUACUAGCAGACAAAAUGCUAGAAAAUAAAGAACACCAACAGGCCAUCAAAACACUAAUAAAAGCUUUAAAAAUGGCAAAAGAAGGAGGUGAUAUGAAGAUGGAAGGAAAAGCUGCAUAUUGCUUAAGUUUAGCAUAUCAUUUUGCUGGAGAACAACAGACAGCGUUAUCAAUUUUGAAUACCUCUGUAAAAAUCUUCACAGCACUUUGUGAUUCUGCUGGCCUAGGCAGAGCAUAUGCAGCUAUAACCAAGAUCCUGGUAAGUCAGGGAAAAGCGGCUGAAACUAUUAAGUACUUGGGAGAGUUUAUGAAGACUGCUGAGAACGCUCACCUAAGCCAAAGCCUGGUGGAUGCAUGUGUGUUACUUGGGAAUAUUUACAAUGAAAGGGGGAACUACAAUGAAGCUUUUAAAUAUUUCAGUCAGGCUUCUGAGGCAGCAAAAACUUUAAAUAAUUUGGCCUUAGUGGAUGAAACAAAGACUUAUUGUGGCAUUGCAAAGGCUCAUAAACUGAUGGUGGCAUUUAACAGCCAUAUAGAAGCAGAAGAUCCCAUCAGCCUCAAGUACCUGCUGGCAUGGAAGGAGAAUAGAAGUGACAUGUGCACUGACCCUCUUACAGUCGAACUUGAUACAGAAACAAGUGCUUCAAGCCCCUGUGAGCCUCUUCCAACACCACCAGUUCUAGACCCUUCCUGAGAAUGCCUGCUUGCUUACAGAGAAGCUGAUAGAUGUAUAAUGAGUACAGGAAGAUCCUUGAAGAGUCAUGCAACAAAGUAGGAAUUUCAGUUGGAAUUUUGUCAUUUAAAUGUGACCACAAUGAUGCAGGUUAAAUACCUGAGACUUCUAAGUUCUUUUGUGACUGAAGUGUGGCUUCAGUAUGUAUUACAUGCUUUUAUCAAAAACAGCUGGUGUCAUUGAAAUAAAUACAAAGGAAAAAGAUAUAAAGUUUGCACUUUGUGCCCAUUCCAAAAUGUCAAGAUCCUCCUGUUAAGAUAUUAAACAUCCUUUAU